AAUAUCUUCAACAACCACAUGUUGGAUGUGAACGUCCGAUGGCUUGCUGUGCUCUACUUCAAAAACGGCAUCGACAGGUACUGGAGGAGAGUCGCACCAAAGUAAGCAUUCUCUCUUCUACCUCCCUCUCUUCUUCUCUCGCUUUUUACUCGUCUUCUCUCUCUUCUAGCCGUUCUACGAUGAAAAAAAAUAUCUUCCCACACCUCUCCCAUCGUCAUGUUUCAGUAUUAAUGGCAAGUUCUGCAAAUUGAUUGGGCUCAGCUGUGUGUUUUGUGUGAUCACAUUGCUAUUCAUUGGCACCAUUCUCUUACGUCUGUCUAGUUUAGGUCAUACUGAUAGUGUUGUACAUACACAACCUAUGGGAUGGCAUUCUCCAGUCACACCUAUGACAUUGUUCUGGGGUUGCUGACUAGCCUAAUGUUUCAAGUUCACCCACAGGUCCACCGAACAAAGACUGUCUUUAACCACCUCACCUCAAAGACAAUCAGUUCUGCCUCUGGAAUCUCCAGACAUUCUUUUCUUUUUUACCUCUCCUUUCUUUUCUUUUGUAGGUGUGGGUAGUUCAUUGUCAUUUAUCAAACAGAGCCUUUGUCACCUCUGCUUGCUGUGGAAGGUGCAAUCAACUCCUGGCCAUUGAUUUGUGCUUAAUGCACCCAGUGCCUACAGAAGUUGGCCAAUUUACUGGGGGAAACUACCUGCGGGCCUUUUGCAAACUUCUACCGGGGUUAGGACUUCUGCUACUUUUUAUGGGAUGGGGGUGCGCUUCCCUCUUCCUCUGUCCCUCUUCUUCACAUCACACUUCACUCAAUCCCCUCUCUCUUCUCUCUUCCUCAAGGAUGAGACUCAAUCAAGCUCUCCCUGUCUUCCUCUCCCUCCUUUCCCUCUCUCUCUCCUCCUUUAAUUCCUAUUUUCUCAUCCACCGCUGCCACCUCCACUUCCUCACUCUUCUUAACAUUCUUACCUCUCUCCAUAAUUCUCUCUCGCGCGCUCUGUCUCGCGCGCUCUGUCUCGCGCGCUCUGUCUCGCGCGCUCUGUCUCGCGCGCUCUGUCUCGCGCGCUCUGUCUCGCGCGCUCUGUCUCGCGCGCUCUGUCUCGCGCGUUCUCCCCUCCCUCUAUCUCUCUCUCUCCCUCUAUUAACAAUAGAACCGCUGGGCCUCGAGGGACCCCCUUCAAGCUAAUGAGCAGUCCUUCUGACUGCAACAUUCUAACAGUGUAAUUAAUACAUUUCAUAUAUGCUAUUGCAAAGAUAAUAAAUUGGUGUUUAUGAUAAAAUGGGAAAAUUAGAAUAUUAAUUUUAUUUCAAGUAACACAAUAGCAUUUUCAUUAGUUUGUUACUGUAGGCUAUAUGUAAAAACCAAAAAACACAUUCGGUGGGCUGAUAUAGGGACAUACCAUUGUAAGAUUAUAAUUAGAACAGAUCAAUACAAUAUAAUGGCCUGCACUGUUCUUCAUUCACAAUUGGUGAUUACAUAAUUAUGCAUCUUUCGCUUCCCCUUGCUCAUCAACUGACCCAUUCAACCCCUUUCUCCCCAUCAUACCUUAUUUAAUUUAUUUAAUCUCUUAUGUGUGAAAUUAGUUAAGGUUUAGGUUCAGUUUCGAGGCAAUUAUCAAGGUGAUUAUCAGCUGGGCACUGCACUUUCAACUGUGGGGAGAAGUAGGGGCAACGGGGGAAAAUCAUUCAAAAAAUGACAUGCCCUCCUAAAACUGGUUAUAACUCCAGUUCUGUUUGUGAUAUUUAAGACUAACAACGACAGUGUUAUAUAGACUUAUUUAGGAAAAGUCAAGAAUGGAGGGCGGCAUGACUUUAAAAAUGGCAGAGUAAUACAUUUGUUUUAUUUACAGUGAGGGAAAAAAGUAUUUGAUCCCCUGCUGAUUUUGUACGUUUGCCCACUGACAAAGACAUGAUCAGUCUAUAAUCUUAAUGGUAGGUUUAUUUGAACAGUGAGAGACAGAAUAACAACAACAAAAAUCCAGAAAAACGCAUGUCAAAAAUGUUAUAAAUGGAUUUACAUUUUGAUGAGGGAAAUAAGUAUUUGACCCCUCUGCAAAACAUGACUUAGUACUUGGUGGCAAAGCCCUUGUUGGCAAUCACAGAGGUCAGACGUUUCUUGUAGUUCGCCACCAGGUUUGCACACAUCUUUGCAGAUCUUCUCCAAGUUAUUAAGGUUUCGAGGCUGACGUUUGGCAACUCGAACCUUCAGCUCCCUCCACAGAUUUUCUAUGGGAUUAAGGUCUGGAGACUGGCUAGGCCACUCCAGGACCUUAAUGUGCUUCUUCUUGAGCCACUCCUUUGUUGCCUUGGCCGUGUGUUUUUGGUCAUUGUCAUGCUGGAAUACCAUCCAUGACCCAUUUUCAAUGCCCUGGCUGAGGGAAGGAGGUUCUCACCCAAGAUUUGACGGUACAUGGCCCCGUCCAUCGUCCCUUUGAUGCGGUGAAGUUGUCCUGUCCCCUUAGCAGAAAAACACCUCCAAAGCAUAAUGUUUCCACCUCCAUGUUUGACGGUGGGGAUGGUGUUCUUGGUCAUAGUCAGCAUUCCUCCUCCUCCAAACACGACGAAUUGAGUUGAUGCCAAAGAGCUUGAUUUUGGUCUCAUCUGACCACAACACUUUCACCCAGUUCUCCUCUGAAUCAUUCAGAUGUUCAUUGGCAAACUUCAGACGGCCCUGUAUAUGUGCUUUCUUGAGCAGGGGGACCUUGCGGGCGCUGCAGGAUUUCAGUCCUUCACGGCGUAGUGUGUUACCAAUUGUUUUCUUGGUGACUAUGGUCCCAGCUGCCUUGAGAUCAUUGACAAGAUCCUCCCGUGUAGUUCUGGGCUGAUUCCUCACCGUUCUCAUGAUCAUUGCAACUCCACGAGGUGAGAUCUUGCAUGGAGCCCCAGGCCGAGGGAGAUUGACAGUUAUUUUGUGUUUCUUCCAUUUGCGAAUAAUCGCACCAACUGUUGUCACCUUCUCACCAAGCUGCUUGGCGAUGGUCUUGUAGCCCAUUCCAGCCUUGUGUAGGUCUACAAUCUUGUUCCUGACAUCCUUGGAGAGCUCUUUGGUCUUGGCCAUGGUGGAGAGUUUGGAAUCUGAUUGAUUGAUGGCUUCUGUGGACAGGUGUCUUUUAUACAGGUAACAAACUGAGAUUAGGAGCACUCCCUUUAAGAGUGUGCUCCUUAUCUCAGUUCGUUACCUGUAUAAAAGACACCUGGGAGCCAGUAAUCUUUCUGAUUGAGAGGGGGUCAAAUACUUAUUUCCCUCAUUAAAAUGCAAAUCAAUUUAUAACAUUUUUGACAUGCGUUUUUCUGGAUUUUUCUGUUGUUAUUCUGUCUCUCACUGUUCAAAUAAACCUACCAUUAAAUUUAUAGACUGAUCAUGUCUUUGUCAGUGGGCAAACGUACAAAAUCAGCAGGGAAUCAAAUACUUUUUUCCCUCACUGUAUGAGCAGUCAAAAUGACUGCUUCAGCAGUUCUAGUGUUAGCCCGGGUCAGUGUAUACAAUAGGUUCGUACAGAGACAGAGCUAUCCCUCACUGCUGCUCUCUCUAUCAUCUUCAUAUCGUAUCAGCCCUCUAUAUUAAAGCCUGCGCUGUGGUGCUUUCUCGCUGGCUCUCUCCCUGGGGAAAUUGGAUUCAAAGCAGAACGCGUCUCUCACAGGAUAUCAGCUGGGUGCUGUCAGGCAGUUGAUAAUGCCAUGGCUUUCCUCUCCCUCUCAAAUGGAAGAGUAUGGAAAUGUAAUAAUACUAGGGUCAUUCUCGCUGACCGCCUCACUAAAGAAGCAGAUGGUGAUAUUUGACAGGAAUUGCACACGGUCAAUGUGCCUCCCCCUCCUUUCCUUUAGCAUAUUGAGGCCUCAAACAAUUCCAUCAGAGUGGAGAGCGUUUCUGAUAACACAAAUUUGAAGCAGUCAACUGAUUCAAAAUGGAUAUUGGGUAUUGAAAAUAUGUUUGCGUUGAUGUUUGGCAUUACAUUGUAACCUUCCUUAUUGUAACCUAGAUCUGUGUGUGUGUGUGUGUGUGUGUCCAGUGCUCUGUCAGAAGAGGAGAAGACGUCGCUGCGAGCUGGCCUGAUCACGAACUUCAACGAGCCCGUCAACCAGGUCAGUCAUAUGUUUGCGUUAGCUGACAACCAAUUACUUUUGUUUGCGUGAGCUGUCAACCAAUGACUGGUCCAUUUCAGACCUUCAUUUCAUCGACCACCAUCACUAAGUGGAACACUCCCAAACACCUUUCCAAUAUGUCCAUUUGGCUCUGCCUUCGAGAAGUGGCCGUACUUCUACAGGGCCCCCUACCUAGGGAUACUACUCCAGUAGUAGCAGUGGCUGUCUGUGUCCGUAUGGAGAGCAAUUCAGCCAUUCUAGCCCCAUGUGUCUCAUGUCUCUUACUCUCUCUGUCAACCCUCUGGACAGGAGGUUGACUCCAUCAGCAAUCUGCUGGGAUCCAAUUAUGUGGGCGUGGUCCAGAGUUCAUCUCCCCUAAGGCUGCAUAUAAUGUAACCUUACCUUAUGACACAUCACCACCAAAUGCCUCAGAGAGAGAGAGCGAAAGAGAGUGUGCUGCGCGUAUGCUCAAGCAAAAAUCCAAAAAGAAGAGAGUGCUCCGCUUGCCAUACUGCAUUUUGAUCAAUGUCCCUGUUCUGCUUCUGCUAUGACUGUAAUGCAGAUAAGUGAGUUUUGCCCGAUCACACCAUUUGUCUUCAUACACACAUACAAAUAUGAUUCAGCUUUAUUGCUAUCUGUGCAGUCAGUGCAGUGACACUUUUUACUGAAGCUUAUUGGCCUAUCUUCAGUCUCUAGCAAGUUAUCAAAUGUUAUUUGUCACAUGCUUCGUAAACAACAGGUAAAAUGCUUAAUUACUGGCCCUUCCCAACAAUGCAGAGAGAAAGGAAAUAGAGAAAUAAUAGGAAAGUAAUAACACGUAAUAAUAAAUACGAUAACUUGGCUAUAUACACGGGGUACCAGUACCGAGUCGAUGUGCAGGGGUUAUGCAAUCGAAAAUCACAUCAAACACAUAUCAAAACAGUAUCAUGCUUUUAAAACUGUUAGGCUAUGUUUUUUGACCUCACUGUGAUGAAACUGAGUGGAAAACAUGGUAAUUGUGGAUGUUCUUUGAAAGCCAAAAGCAACGAAAUGGACAGCGCUUUCUAAGGUGAUGAUUAAUUCAAAGUAUUUAAGACGUUGCAUGUAGAACCUACCAGCUCUCACAGUCUCACUUCAGAAUUAGACAUUCAUCCAUGUUUCUCAAACCGUAACAUUUCUAAGUGUUUAAGGAUACAGUGCAUUUGGAAAGUAUUCAGACCCCUUGACUUUUUCCACAUUUUGUUACGUUACAGCCUUAUUCUAAAAUGGAUUCAAUAGUUUUUUCCCCUCAUCGAUCUACACGCAAUACCCCAUAAUGACAAAGCAAAAACAGCUUUGCCCAAUCCUCAUAAAAAACGGAAAUAUCACAUUUACAUAAGUAUUCAGACCCUUUACUCAGUACUUUGUUGAAGGACCUUGGGCAGUGAUUACAGCCUCAAGUAUUCUUGGGUAUGACGCUACAAGCUUGGCACACCUGUAUUUGAGGAGUUUCUCCCCUUCUUCUCUGCAGAUCCUCUCAAGCUCUGUGAGGUUGGAUGGGUAGCGUCGCCGCACAACCAUUUUCAGGUGUCUCCAGAGAUGUUCGAUCAGGUUCAAGUCCGGGCUCUGGCUGGGCCAGUCAAGGACAUUCAGGGACUUGUCCCGAAGCCACUCCUGCGUUGUCUUGGCUGUGUGCUUAGGGUCGUUGUCCUGUUGGAAGGUGAACCUUCACUCCAGUCUGAGGUCCUGAGUGCUCUGGAGCAGGUUUUCAUCAAGGAUCUCUCUGUACCUUGCUCCGUUCAUCUUUCCCUCUAUCCUGACUAGUUUCCCAAUCCCUGGUGCUGAAAAACAUAACCACAGCAUGAUACUGCCACCACCAUGCCUCACCGUAGGGAUGGUAUUGGCCAGGUGAUGAGCGUUGCCUGGUUUCCGCCAGACAUGACGCAUGGCAUUCAGGCCAAAGAGUUACAGUUUGGUUUCAUCAGACAAUACCUUCACCAAGGCCAGUCCCCUGGUCCUGAUCGGUUCAGAUCACCCCCACUUGCUAACAGAUGGAACCGGUGCGCAUGGGCCCUUAAGGUGGACCUGUUACAGUCAACACAAGACUUGGUUGGGCACUCCAAGGGCCUUCUAACUUCCCGUCCAAUUCCGGCAAGGAAUUGUGCCUGUUCACUUCCACCAUCUCCCGUUCAGAUGACCUCUUCCACUAUGUGGAGAAGCUGUGGCAGAUAGAUACCGCAACGAGAAGAUGGCGACCAGGUCUAAGCAAGAUCAUGAGGCUAUCCGCACCCUUGAGACUGACACCGUUCGCGUGACUGUUGGAGAUGCUACGCCACUCCUUUACUCUGAGUUCAGGACUCUCUACGCUUGAAAGCACCCAAGGAGGCAGUCUUGGGUCAUCUGAGGAGCCCUGAGCGGCGACUAGCCAAGAACCCAGAGCAGGCGAAGAUCUACUGCCAAGAAGUUCAGAAGCUAGAAACUGUAAGCUAUGUGAUCAAGCUCCCCCAAGAAGAGGUUGACUGCAGAGGAGUCCUGAUCCAUCUCGUGCACCACAACAGAAAGAACAGGUUAAUGUUCAGCUGUUCCUUCACGUAUAAGGGCCAAGUUGUAAAUGAACUCCUCCUACAACUACCCACCUUGAGUCCUUCUCUCCUUGGCAGCCAUCUGAAAUUCAGGCAGCUCACAGUGGCUGUCUGUGGAGACAUCAAGGCAAUGUUUCAAGUGCGCCCCCAAGACCGAGGCCUUCUCCGAUUCCUGUGGAGGGAUCUGAAAAGUGACAAACGACCAGACGUCUACGAGUGGCAGAUUCUUCCUUUUCGCCCCUGCUGCGCCACAUUCACCUUGCAGCAACAUGUGCGAGAUCACAAGGAUGUUAACGAGGAUGUGCUACAGAUGGUGGAACAUGCCUUCUACGUCGACAAUUGCCUGCAUACAGUGCCUUGCAAAAGUAUUCAUCCCUCUUGCCGUUUUUCCUGUUUUGUUGCAUUACAACCUGUAAUUUAAAUAGAUUUUUUAAUGGAUUUCAUGUAAUGGACAUACACAAAAUAGUCCAAAUUGGUGAUGUGAAAUUGAAAAAAUUACUUUUCAUAAAUUCAAAAAAAUAAAUUAACGGAAAAUUGGUUUGUGCAUAUGUAUUCACCCCCUUUGCUAUUUCCUUACCUCCAUAACUAUUGCCUUACCUCCAUAACUUACUACAUUUGCACACUGUAUAUAUAUUUUCUAGUCUGCAACACCACUAAGCAAGGGGCACCACCAAGCAAGCGGCACCAUGAAGACCAAGGAGCUCUCCAAACAGGUCAGGUAAAAAGUUGUGGAGAAGUACAGAUCAGGGAUGGGUUAUAAAAAAAUAUCAAACUUUGAACAUCCCACAGAGCACCAUUAAAUCCAUUAUUAAAAAAUGUGAAGAAUAUGGCACCACAACAAACCUGCCAAGAGAGGGCUGCCCACCAAAACUCACGGACCAGGCAAGGAGGGCAUUUAUCAGAGCGGCAACAAAGAGACCAAAGAUAACCCUGAAGGAGCUGCAAAGCUCCACAGCGGAGAUUGGAGUAUCUGUCCAUAGGACCACCUUAAGCCAUACACUCCACAGAGCUGGGCGUUACGGAAGAGUGGCCAGAAAAAAGCCAUUGCUUAAAGAAAAAAAGAAGCAAACACGUUUGGUGUUUGCCAAAAGGCAUGUGGGAGACUCCCCAAACAUAUGCAAGAAGGUACUCUGGUCAGAUGAGACCAAAAUUGAGCUUUUUGGCUAUCAAGGAAAACGCAAUGUCUGGCGCAAACCCAACACCUCUCAUCACCCCGAGAACACCAUCCCCACAGUGAAGCAUGGUGGUGGCAGCAUCAUGAUGUGGGGAUGUUUUUCAUCGGCAGGGACUGGGAAUAUAAUAAUAAUAAUAAUAAUAAUAAUAAUAAUAAUAAUAAUAAUAAUAUGCCAUUUAGCAGACGCUUUUAUCCAAAGCGACUUACAGUCGUGCGUGCAUACAUUUUUGUGUAUGGGUGGUCCCGGGGAUCGAACCCACUACCUUGGCGUUACAAGCGCCGUGCUCUACCAGCUGAGCUACAGAGGACCACAGGGAAACUGGUCAGAAUUGAAGGAAUGAUGGAUGGUGCUAAAUACAGGGGAAAUCUUUGGGGAAACCUGUUUCAGUCUUCCAGAGAUUUGAGACUGGGACAGAGGUUCACCUUCCAGCAGGACAAUGACCCUAAGCAUACUGCUAAAGUAACACUCAAGUGGUUUAAGGGGAAACAUUUAAAUGUCUUGGAAUGGCCUAGUCAAAGCCCAGACCUCAAUCCAAUUGAGAAUCUGUGGUAUGACUUAAAGAUUGCUGUAAACCAGCGGAACCCAUCCAACAUGAAUGAGCUGGAGCAGUUUUGCCUUGAAGAAUGGGCAAAAAUCCCUGUGGCUAGAUGUGCCAAGCUUAUAGAGACAUACCCCAAGAGACUUGCAACUGUAAUUGCUGCAAAAGGUGGCUCUACAAAGUAUUGACUUUGGGGGGUGAAUAGUUAUGCAUGCUCAAGUUCUGUUUUUUUGUCCCCCAAGACCGUGUGGACCCUGAAGAGCCCACAUUAGGACUCCAAUGGCACUGCCCUACAGACACAUUGGGGUACAAGUACCGCCCUGUGGUGGAGCUGACGUCCACCAUGAGGACGCAGACCUCCCUUCGUAGAAAGGAAGAUGUAGGCUUUUACUAAGUUCGAAUUAGUUACGCUAAUUCUGGGGUGGCUGUACAAAAGCCCAUUAGAUUUGUAUUUAGAAUCCUCUCUAAAUGUAAUUUGAUCUACAAGGAGAUUUGAUUGAUCUGUCAGUAUUUUCAUUUAGAGAUUCCUUUCAUGUGUCCUACCAAUUAUUACUGGAUUAUUCACCAUGGCAACCAAUUGUUAAUAUAAAAAUUGAACUUAUUUCUCAGUUCGGUUGGCUUUCGUGGAGAUCAGACAGUUUUCAUUUGCAGGGAUAUUUGUGUGUUUUUGAACAAAUGUAAGUCAGAAGAAAUACUUAUUUCACUUUUAUAACAUUCCUGUUGCUAUUGUUUAUAUGUAAAUACAAGAUAUUUGUAUGUAGAGGGGUAACUUUCUUCACCAGUUCUCUUACUAUUUUGUACAAUUAUGUGAUUAGCCUACCAGUUGGUGUAACUGUAGUGUUAAUUAUCCUGAAAGGAAUUAUGGUGUUAUUUUUCUCUUCUUGUAAAGUGUGUAUAGAGAUUGCUGACAUUACUGUUUAAUGUAAUAUUUUUUUAUUGGAUUUACAUUGAAGUAAUUUUCAAUUUAUUUUAUCCUGUUUCCGUCUGUACACAGACUACAUCUACGUUCAUGGUCAAAAGUUGAGAAUGACGCAAAUAUUAAUUUUCACAAAGUCUGCUGCCUCUGUUUUUAUGAUGGCAAUUUGCAUAUACUCCAGAAUGUUAUGAAGAGUGAUUCGAUGAAUUGCAAUUAAUUGCAAAGUCCCUCUUUGCCAUGAAAAUGAACUUAAUCCCCCCAAAAACAUUUCCACUGAAUUUCAGCCCUGCCACAAAAGGACCAGCUGACAUCAUGUCAGUGAUUCUCUCGUUAACACAAGUGAGUGUUGACGAGGACAAGGCUGGAGAUCACGCUGUCAUGCUGAUUGAGUUAGAAUAACAGACUGGAAACUUUAAAAGGAGGGUGGUGCUUGAAAUCAUUGUUCUUCCUCUGUUAACCAUGGUUACCAGCAAGGAAACACGUGCCAUCAUCCUUGCUUUGCACAAAAAGGGCUUCACAGGCAAGGAUAUUGCUGCUAGUAAGAUUGCACCUAAAUCAACCAUUUAUCGGAUCAUCAAGAACUUCAAGGAGAGAGGUUCAAUUGUUGUGAAGAAGGCUUCAGGGCGCCCAAGAAAGUCCAGCAAGCGCCAGGACCGUCUCCUAAAGUUGAUUCAGCUGUGGGAUCAGGGCACCACCAGUGCAGAACUGCUCAGAAAUGGCAGCAGGCAGGUGUGAGUGCAUCUGCAUGCACAGUGUGGCAAAGACUUUUGGAGGAUGGCCUGGUGUCAAGAAGGGCAGCAAAGAAUCCACUUCUCUCCAGGAAAAACAUCAGGGACAGACUGAUAUUCUGCAAAAGGUACAGGGAUUGGACUGCUGAUGCUGGGGUAAAGUCAUUUUCUCAGAUGAAUCCCCUUUCCGAUUGUUUGGGGCAUCCGGAAAAAAGCUUGUCCGGAGAAGACAAGGUGAGCGCUACCAUCAGUCCUGUGUCAUGCCAACAGUAAAGCAUCCUGAGACCAUUCAUGUGUGGGGUUGCUUCUCAGCCAAGGGAGUGGGCUCACUCACAAUUUUGCCUAAGAACACAGCCAUGAAUAAAGAAUGGUACCAACACAUCCUCCGAGAGCAACUUCUCCCAACCAUCCAAGAACAGUUUGGUGACGAACAAUGCCUUUUCCAGCAUGAUCGAGCACCUUGCCAUAAGGCAAAAGUGAUAACUAAGUGGCUCGUUGAACAAAACAUCGACAUUUUGAGUCCAUGGCCAGGAAACUCCCCAGACCUUAAUCCCAUUGAGAACUUGUGGUCGAUCCUCAAGAGGCGGGUGGACAAACAAAAAACCCACAAAUUCUGACAAACUCCAAGCAUUGAUUAUGCAAGAAUGGGCUGCCAUCAGUCAGGAUGUGGCCCAGAAGUUAAUUGACAGCAUGCAAGGGCGGAUUGCAGAGAUCUUGAAAAAAAGGGUAAACACUGCAAAUAUUGACUCUUUGCAUAAACUUAAUGUAAUUGUCAAUAAAAGCCUUUGACACUUAUGGAAUGCUUGUAAUUAUACUUCAGUAUACCAUAGAAACACCUGACAAAAAUAUCUAAAAACACUGAAGCAGCAAACUUUGAAGACCAAUACUUGUGUCAUUCUCAAAACUUUUGACCACGACUGUAUACUCUGUUUCAUCAUUAGAAUCCUAGGGGGACUUAUGUGCCUGUUAUCACUCCUUGACCAGAGUGCAGUCCGGUAUCCGAUUACUCCCAGUGGCCUAUCCACACAUUAGAGAGCACCGGACUCCGUUUUAUCUGUAGCAAAUGUUUACGUUUUCUUUAACUACCUAAUUCUAUAUCUAGCUAAAGAUUUGUGAUUAUUUGUCAGUAUGUCUGAGAACAGUCCCAUAACUUUGGUGCAGUACAACUUCAUCAGCGUGCUGGCAAACUAGCUACCGUAAUGGCCAUUCAAACAUGCUAGCACUAAGCUGCUGCUAACUGGAAAAGGUUUGCUCUGCUGAUCGAACAUGGUUUUCCUUAGUAGCCACUAGACAGUGCGUCUGCCGCCGGUGUUCCAUAUCUACAGUAGUCAUGGGAGAGCACAGUUAUUUUAAAAGUUAGGAACUAGUGUUAAUUAGGCGGAUGAGCAAAAUCAAGAUUUGUAUACACUGAACAAAAAUAUAAAUGCAACAUGCAACAAUUAAAGGUUUUACUGAGUUACAGUUCAUAUACAGAAAGCAGUCCUAAUCUAUGGCUUUCACAUGACUGGGAAUACAGAUAUGAAUCUGUUGGUCAGUUGUUAGUGUUGUAGACAAGGACGCAUGGAGCGCAGCAAAAUCGCCUCAAUUAGCCUUGCUAACUAGCUAGCUGACAAACUAAUUUAGCUGGCUAGUGUAGCUAGCUAGCUUCUUUACCUCGAUUUGAUGCAGUCAAGACAGACACUACCAGAAGAGAUGAUAGAUAACCUAUAGCAGCAACAAGUCUAACUUUUGCGAGUUGGUUUGGCUACUUUCUCUCUCUUUCUCCCUCUGUGUCAGACACACUGGCCCCUGCUCCUCUCGCGACCCUCCCCCACUUGUCUGUGCUGAAACAACAAGCAGAGAGCAUGUCCCCUUUUGAAGUUGCAAAAAAAUUGUUUAUUUAAAACAUGUAUUUCGACUAUCCGGAUAUUCGAAAAACAUUCCUGAUAUUAUUCAAAUAAUGUUUAAUGUAUUGUAUAUGUUUCCUGUAUGAACAGAUAGCCACCCAGAUAGCGGUGCUGAUAGCCAAGGUGGCCCGUCUGGACUGUCCCCGCCAGUGGCCAGAGCUGAUCCCAAUCCUGCUGGAGUCCGUGAAGGGUCAGGACGGGCUGCAGCAGCACAGGGCUCUACUCACCUUCUACCAUGUCACCAAGACCCUGGCCUCCAAACGCCUGGCACAGGACAAACGACUGUUUCAGGAC